CAGAAACAGAAAGAAUCCGAAAAUUACGUGAACUUCUUUGUACAGCCCAGUAUAAAAUCGCGGCUUCGAAGUUCGAAAAUUUUGUUAAGCCUAAUCAAAAAUCAAGUUCACUUUAAAUUUUAGGCGAGAACAGGGAUCUCUCGGGCAAUUAAAUUUUAGGGUUUUGGGAAGAAGACACUGCUCUCCUAGGCCUUAUUAUCUCUCUCCCAAAUGCUGAUGAUCUGCGGGAUCAAUGUUGCGUUGGUUUGGCCUUAAUCAAGGGCUUCCAGGAGUAUUGUGUGCCAAAUCGUGGCUUAUUCUGUUGGUUUAUAUUCUCCAACGUGUGUCAUUGCUUCUCUGUUACCGUGUGGUAGUCCAAAUUAAAGAAUGGGAGGAGUGGAUGAAGGGGAAACUGUUGAAUUCAGAUGGGGUAAAAAAAGAGGAUUUGGUGGAAAAAAGAAAGAUGUAAGGUUUUAUGAGUCAUUUAAUUAUGAUAAUAUCGAGUAUACUCUCUAUGACUGCGUUUAUCUUUACAAAGAAGGUGAAUCUGAGCCAUUUAUUGGUAAGCUUAUAAAAAUAUGGGAGAAUAGUGACAAGACAAGGAGGGUCAAGGUUCUUUGGUUUUUCCGUCCUUGUGAGAUACUCAACUAUCUUGGAGCUGAGGUACCGCUUGACAAUGAACUCUUUUUGGCAUCUGGUGAAGGCGUAGGCCUUGCAAAUGUCAAUCCUUUGGAAGCAAUUGCUGGAAAGUGCAAUGUUGUUUGCAUUUCAAAGGAUGAGCGAAAUCCACCAUCUUCAGAUGAACAAGUUCAGUUGGCUGACUUUGUAUUUUACCGUACCUUUGAUGUUGGCCUCUGUGAAAUUUCAGAUAAGAUAAAAGAAAACAUAGCUGGGAUUGAAGUUAGAUUUAUAUUAAACAGACAGGAUCUUCGGAAGUCUGAUGGUGUUGCAAUUGAUUCAGACAAAAAAAAAGUUAGUGGGAAUGCCACACCAAGGGCUGAUGGUGUGGAAAUUGAUUCAGACAAAAAUAAAGUUAGUGGGAAUGCUGUACCAAGGACUGAAACAGCGAUUUUAUCCAAAGACGCAUCUGAAGAACACAGAACUUUGAAGACACGGGAUUCAUCGACCAAGGACGCAUCUGAAGAAUGCAGACCUUUGGAGACGGAGGAUUCCUUGACUAAAGAGAAGUCUACUCCUGGUGAAAAGCAUGGUUCAAGUGUAUGUGUGGAGUCUUCUCAAAUUGAUGAAACGAGAAAUUUACGAACAAGAAUCUCGAGUGAAAAGACUAUUUUGAAUUCUAAAGAUAAAGAAAAUGCAGAUCUGGAUUCAUUGGCUCAAGAGAAGUCUACACUUCGAAAAAAUUGUGGUUCUAGUGUGUACGUGGAGUCUUUUGUAAUUGACAAAAGGAACUAUUCACAGGCAAAAAUCCCGAGUGAAAAGACCUCCUUGAAGUCUAAAACAAGAGAAAAUGAAGAUCUGAAGGUUUCAUUGGAUACACAUAAAUCAUUCCUUAAAAAGGUUUCUAGUGUAGGUGCACAUUCAGGAGAUGUUAUGAAGACUAACGAUGGGCUGGGAAAUACUUAUGGUGAGAAAACAAAUACAAGGUUGAAUAUUAAUGAAAAUGCUGAGCAUAAAGCUUCAUCAAUUAAGCAUUUAUCUUCCGUUGGAGAAAAGCCUUCAUCUAAUGUGGGUGUGAAGGUAGCCGAGAAGGAUUAUGAUAUACGAGAAAACAUAGAUGAUGAAGCCACAUCAUCCUUUCAAGUUGAUUGCAACAGAAAUCAGGGUAAAGUUUGUAAAGUAAUUGUUAAUGAGUUUGAUAAUGAAAACAAAGUAAAAUCUACUACAAACUUAGAUAUAUUGGAAUAUAGGCCAUCUAAGAGACCAAAGCUUGACAAUCCCAUGAAAGUAUUUGAGGAAAAGAAUGAGAAUCAUGUAAAGAAGCUUGGUCAUGGUCCCAAUGCGAAUGCCUCUACAAAAAUUGCUUCUACUUUUGAAGAAAAAUCUAAAUCUAGACUUUCGAAAACCGAGAAUCGUCUGUCCAAUAAGCCAAAAGUCGAGGAGAAGCUUGUAGUGCAAAGUGAUGGCAAGUUGCCUAAAGCAACAUCUCCUAGACAACCUUUGGGGGAAGAAAAUAUGGCGGAUCCUCAAAGGGUUGUAGUCUCCCAAAAUACAAAGAUCGAGAAGCCAAGACUCAAUGAGAUGCGUGAUGGAAAGUUGCCUAAAGCAUCUACUAAACAACUUUUGGAUGAAGAAAAUACAAUUGAUCGUCAAGUAGUCAAAGUCAAUCAAAGACCAGAUGCUGAUAGAAGAAAAUGGUUCAAAGAACUUCCCUGGGAGGAAAGAAUGCAAGCUUCAUAUAAGCAAGGAACUCUUGUCCUGCUUGAAAAUUUGGAUCCAGCUUAUACUUCAGUAGAGGUGGAGGAUAUAGUUUGGCAUGGCUUCAAGACACGUUGCACAACUAAAAUGGUUCAGCGGACUGCAUAUUCUAGUCCUCAUUCUGCUCAAGCUCUUGUUGUAUUCAAAACAAACGAAGCAGCACAGACAGUUGUUACAAAAUUAGAUAAGGGUUGCUUUUUGCUAUCUAAUGAGAGGCCUCUCAUCGGCAGAAUUGUGAAUCAUUCCUUACAAGGAAAGCAGUCGACCUUUUUUGGCCAUCUUGUUAUUGAUAAACUUAGAGCCCAAAUGCAACGAGAGAUGAAAGAAGCUGUAUCUACCUCACAUUGUUCUCAGCCUAACACCCUUGAAUAUGAUAUGGCCAUGGAAUGGUGCUUACUACAGGAAAGAUGGGACUGCUCUUGGAAGAAGUUGCGACAGGGACAAGGAAAGGAGUUGGAAGAAUUGAAGUCCAAUCUCAAGCUAAGAUUAUGAUCUUUGCAAGGUUCGUUUGCUGAUACGGCUUCUGUAUUUGCAUGCGAUAUUGGAUUUUCACUCUGAUACUGAAUGUGUGACGCUUGAAGACGGCAUGGCCAUUUUCAGUACUUCUGUUGAUCUGAAACAGCAUCUGUUGCGUGCUUGCGUUGGCAUUGGUGGUUGACAAAGUUGAUGAAGCUGAGUUUUCACCCAACGAAAGAAGUGACUUGUUUAGUUCUGCUUUGAAAAUUUGCACGGUUGGCAUAACAAAUAGAAUUGUGUUGGUUCAAGUUACAAUGAAGAUGACUAGUUUGCAAUCCUGCUGUACCAUCAACUUAUGAUGUGGUGUGCCAAGACCACUAAUAAUUGCUCUUUUUAGUAGUGUGCUUACCAUGUAUAACUAGUUUGCAAGAUAAAUCUCCCGCGACAACUUAUAGGGCCAGAAACAGAAAAGUUGAUGGAACAAGAAUAGGAUUCUGCAUCCUCAAAGUGUAAGAAAUUUAUUGAUUAUAAGUUAGCAUCCUGCUAAUGUGUUCAUGAAUUCCAUACCUUGCAAUCGCACAACAUGGCAUUGUACCCAAUUCAGGAUUACAUAACAAGUACAGUUACAUGCAAAUAUAAAUACUGUAAGAGGUUGGAUAACUGAUGGUAUCUCUGUGAAAUGAAUGAGUAAAUCUAGUUUGUCAAGACUACACUGCAGUAGCUGGCUUACUGGCUCCAUGUUUACACGAGACUGGCUGGUUUUGAUUCUUCAGUUCAUUCCCAGCCACAAGGAAAAAUGCAGUGUGCCUG